CGCGCGCGGUGGUGCUGCUGCCUCGGAGGCGAGAGGGGGUCCCGGGUGUGCCGUUGACGGGGAACGCGCGGGACAGGUACAGCUGUGGGUAGAGAAAUGUAAACUUGCAGUUCAUGCAGGAAACUUCCCCAGCAUCUAAUUCAAGCAGAGGUAAGAUAUACAAAUUGAAAAUGCCAUUUUUUGGCCAAAUUGUUGUUGUUAAGAGAAAUGGGACCGAUGGAAAUCAUUUUCCGCUCACCGCAAGCUCUUGUUUGUUUGGAAGGGAAAAAAAAUGUGAUAUUCGAAUCCAGCUGCCUCAAGUUUCUAAAGAACAUUGUAAAAUUGAAGUCAAUGAAAAUAAAGAGGCAGUGCUGUUUAACUUGAGUUCUGCAAAUCCAACACAGCUAAAUGGGAAUCACUUUCAAGAUCCCACACACUUAAAACAUGGAGAUAUACUGACAAUUAUUGAUCGUUCUUUCAGGUUUGAAUAUCCACCUCCCCCACUUCCUCAGAAGAGACUUUCUAGAUCUCAAGAGAAGGAAACAUUACAGAUUCUUCAUGUUCAGCAUAUGCAACAGAUGGACUUGCUGCACCCACAAAACUCAGAUUACAAAAGUUCUCCAAUUACUGGCAAGAAAUGUGAAACUUGCUCUCCCAGAAGAAAUGAGAAGAAACUUCAAAAACAAUACAGCGACCCACCUGAAUUUAAGUACAAAAUGCACAGUAUUGAAAAAGCAAAUGAAUUGUCUCCUUUUAGCAAACUUUAUGAAUUAAUGAAACAUGAAGAUGGCACAGGCAAUGUAAAGGAAAAUACUGGUAAUGAGACCUUGAUGGAAGAUGUAUUUCGCUCAAGAUCUAGGAGGUCUGCAGUGAAUCGAGCAAAGUUAACUAAAGUUGAACAAUCUGAAGAUAGUAAAAUUCAAAGAAAGCAUGGUGGUGUAGCAAGUCCAAUACCAACAUUCGAAAAGAAGAAAUCUAAAAAAUCAAGCACUCAAAAUUGUGAUAUGCAACAGAAACAAGAAUGUGAAGGUGCAAAUCAGUCAGAUUUUAAGAACAUAGAAGAGAAUGAAUUGGAAAAGUGCGCACAUUUUAAAGCCAAUCAGCAGAGUGCACAGCAUUUCCCUGAAUCAUGUAUACUGUCAUUGGAUUAUACAGAAAAGGCUAAAUGCCUUAACAAAUUUAACAUAACAGAUGCUUUCACAUCUAUAGAAAAUACUUUGCCCAAAGUAAAGCCUAGCCAGGAGAGUACUCAAAAUUAUUCCAGUCCAUGUUCUAGAAAGCCUCGAAGAUCUUCCAGGUCCAGAAGGACAGGGGUUGAAAGAGAUUCACUGAACAAAAUGAAGAGCUCUGAAGAAAUGAAAGAGUGUCCCGUACAAGUUAGUGGGCAGGAGCCUGAAUCUGGUAUUUUGAUUGAAAAUAUAUCUUCUAAAACAAAUGAAAAUAGAGAACUGGUUACAGAAGCAGUGCUAAAUCUGAAAGAUUCAGAAGAUGGAAAUUCUAGUACUGUUUUCAGUUCACUUCAUCUUAAUACUAGUGAAAACUGCAAUAACAUUGAACUAAAUAAAAUUAUUUCAAAUGAAUAUUCUUGUACAGAGGCAAUAGAUAAAGAAUCGAUAAUCCCAGCAGAUCUUUCCCAAACCAGUGAAAUAAUGGCAAAUGAGAUUCCUGAAAAAAACUUGGAAACAAAAUGUCCUACAAAUGAAAAUAAAAUAGGAACAGAAAACCAUGAGCAGAAUGUUAAUAUGAAAAACGAUAUAUCUACUUUUUCCAGUUCUUAUGAAAGCAGAGUGCAAACAUCAGCCAAGGUUAAUGCUGUCUCUGAAAUGAAUGUAUUAUGUCCACUUAAUAAAAAGUCAGAGGCUAAGAAAUCACCUCAAAGGCGUAGAGGUACAGAACUAGAUUUUCUAGUCCAAUCCCUUGGAAAGAGGAAGAGAGUUUCUUUUGGUGGUCAACUGAGUCCUGAACUCUUUGAUAAGCGCUUACCUCCAAACUCGCCACUUAAAAAAGGAGCCAUUCCAGCGAGACUAAGUAUGCCAUUUGGAAACUCACCACGAGCAGUUCUGAAAAAAGCUGCAGAAUUAAGUCAGUCUGUAAUACAGGGUUCCUUUGAGAGGAAGCAAUAUGAAAAGAUUGUGUCAAGGCAAGCUGACUCACAUAGUGCACCCCAGAGGCAACAAUGCAUCUCUGAUCCUCAUGUUGCAAAUCAACCUUCAGAGAGUGAGGAAACCACUACACAAGAGAUGCAUAUGAAUAGCUUAUUCAGUGAAGUUAAAAAAACAGUAUCUAGCCCCACUUCAUCAUUAAGGAGCAAACCCUGUACUCCAAGAAGAAGUUCUACACGUGGAAAAAGUGGAGUUAUGGGUACUAUUCACUCCAAAAGACGAAGUGGUGCUUCUGAAGCCAACUUGAUGGUUGCGAAGUCUUGGGCAGAAGUAGUGAAACAAGGUAUUCCAAAACUGCAACUGAAGUCUGCUUCAAAACAGGGCUUUAAAACAAGAUCAAUGAAGAAAGUGGCUUCAAAAUCAUCAAAGAAGAACAGUUCAUUAAAAACACCUAAAAGAAAAAUCAGCGGUCAUUUCACAACAGGACAUGCAAAUUCUCCUGCUCCAAUUGUGAUUGGGAAAGCUCAUAGUGGAAUUUUGAAUAUAACUGCACAAGUUCCUAAGGUGGUGAUCAAUUAUCCUUUGAAAAAGCAUUGUGACCUCAAUGAAAGCUUUACAGGGUUGGCUGAAAUGUUCUGCAGUCCACCAGAUGGAAAACAGAAAAGUUUUAUACCAGAAACUCAGAUAUCAGAAAUAAAUCCAUCAGAAGUAUCUGAAAAAAAGUCUGUUUUGGAUGUUAAUAUUUCAAGCCAAAGAGCUCACAAUCAAGAUAUAAUAUCUCCAGCCUUGGAAGAAGUGUCACAAAUACCCAUUCAUGAUAAUUUAGUGGUAUCACUAAAUGAAAGAAAUAUAAUGGGAAUGGAAGAAGAAAAACUGCAACAAGAAUCGGAGCCAGUCAGACAACUUUUGGAAAUCAAGAGGCUUUUGAAGACAACUAAGGAAAGGUCUGAACCUGCUGAAGUACUUUCAGGAGUCAAGAGGCUCUUGAGAACACCUAAGGAAAAAUCUGAAUCUGUUGAGGCGCUUUCAGGGGUCAAGAGGCUUUUAAGGACACCAAAGCAAAAGCCAGACCCAGUCGAGGCACUUUCAGGGAUUAAGAGGCUCUUUAAGUCACCUAAGAAAAAAUCUGAACCUGUUGAGGACCUUUCAGGGAUCAAGAGGCUCUUUAAGACCCCUAAGGAAAAAUCUGAAUCUGUUCAGGCGCUUUCAGGGGACAAGAGGCUUUUGAGGACGCCAAAGCAAAAGUCAGAGCCAGUCGAGGCGCUUUCAGGAGUCAAGAGUCUCUUGAGAACACCUAAGGAAAAAUCUGAAUCUGUUCAGGUGCUUUCAGGGGACAAGAGGCUUUUGAGGACGCCAAAGCAAAAGUCAGAGCCAGUCGAGGCGCUUUCAGGAGUCAAGAGUCUCUUGAGAACACCUAAGGAAAAAUCUGAAUCUGUUGAGGUGCUUUCAGGGGUCAAGAGGCUUUUAAGGACACCAAAGCAAAAGCCAGACCCAGUCGAGGUGCUUUCAGGGAUCAAGAGGCUCUUAGAGACACCUGAGCAAAAAUCAGAACCUGUGGAGGUAUUUUCAGGAAUCAAGGUGUUGAAAACACCCAAACAGACUAUGGAGCCUCCUGCAGAUGAUAUUUAUACUACAUCUAGAUUAUCUACUGAAGAAGUAUUAAAAGACAUGAUUGGAAGUGUUACCAAAAAUGAAGCACAAAUUAUGGAAGAUACAACUAUUAAUGGCAUUACUGAGGAAGUUAAGGAAACCGUGAAGCCAAUAGAAGAUAGAGGAAAUACUCAAAUGAUGUCACCAAAGCAAAGAUUUGAACCCAUAAAUAAUAUGGUCGAUAGCAGUCAGACAUUGAAAGCAUCAAAACCAAAAUCUAUGCCAACUGAUGACUAUUUACGAUUGCAAAAGUUUAUAAUUGAACCUAAAGAGAGUUUUAUAAUUCCUGAUAUAGAUUAUACAGGUGUCAAAGAAAUGUUGGACACUGAAAAUGAUAAGGCUAAAAUGCCAGAAUCUCUGAAUUUUGUGGAAGAGAAUGGAUCUUAUACCAGUUCCAGAAAUAAACUGGAGUCCAUGGAAAAUGUGCCUGGAAGUUGUGAAGCAGACCUGGAAAAAGAAUCUCGUUUUCCAAUAACAAAAAAUAACAGUAGUGUUCCAAACCAUGAAGGCUAUGUUGCAUGUAAUUUAUUUAAUGAAUUGAAAACAGAGUUCAACAAAAAAACAACCAGAACAAUCUCUCUCUCUGAAAACUAUGAGCCAGAUGGAAUGAGUUUCAAAAAUGAAGUUAACGCUGAUUUUGUAAAAGAAGCAACUGAAAAUUCUGAUGCAUUAAAAACAGAAAAGCCUGAACCACUUGCUUUGGGUAGAACUAGGAGAAGGAAAAUAAAUGACUGCAGUUCUGCAGUAUAUACUAAGACAAUUGAGAGGCCUACAAAGAAUAGAUCAACAUCAGCUAAUUGUGAGCAAAUCAGUGAAAAUUUUGACAGCCACACAGAACUAAAACUAUUGCACAAAUCUGAAAGUAAUUUUACGAUAAUUGAAACAACCAAAUUAUCUAAAAGAGGGAGACCAAAGAAGCAGAAUGUUGAAACAAAUGGGAAUAUAGGAUCUAAUAAUAUAAGCCAUACUCAGAAAUUAGAAAAACCUUUAAAGGAAACAGCAGUGGAAAAACACCCUGUGAACAGGAGAAAAGUGGCAACUAAAAGAAAAGGAAAAAUGGUAACAAGUAUGGAUUUGGAAGAAAAUGGACCAAUUCAAGAAAAUGAAAAUGAUUUAACUGCCAAAACAAGGCUAAGGUCUAGAAAUGUAAAAAAGAGUGCAAGUGACAUAAAGACAACAAUUGCCAAAGGUAAAGCAAAUGAUACAAUGUCAGGGGAAGAAAGUAAUAAAAGAAGAAAGAUUGCUGCAAUACAAUCAAGCCCAGAAACAUUAAUCACAACUUUGAAUGCAGAUGAGCAAGGAACACAAAAAUCUACAAUGUCUAAAAUAUGUAAAACCGAAGCUUCAGAAAAUAAUCUAAAAGCAGUGGGAAAAAAAUUAGUGGAGAAGAAAAAAAAAGUUCAGUUUUUACUUAACGAUGACUUUAAGGCUUCUGAAGAAAAAUGUGUACUUGGAUAUGAGAGUAAUACUCAUAAAGAAGAAAGUCAAACUGAAAACAUUUGUAAUGGGAUUCCAAAGGUUCCCUUGGAAAGCAUGCAAACUCCUGCAGAGCCCAGUCCACCCAGAAUAGAAAAGAAUCUGCCUAGCAGAGGUAGAGGCAAAAAAUCAGUUUCCAACCCUUCUGUAGAAAGUGAAAGCAAGCCAGCCUCUGAUGGGAAAGAUCAUGAUGUGAUUGUCAGUCUAAAAGAAAAUCAGCCCAGAAGAGGCAGAGGGAGAAGGAUAGAUCAAGUGGUCCUCAAAUCUGUUCCUUUAGAAAAUAAUAUUUCUGGAGAUUCUACAGUGAACAAAUGCCCUUCAUCCCAAGGUGGAUGUUCUUUGCCACAAGCUCAAAAUGAAAAUUUUGAAGAAUCUGAAAUGUUGCCAUUAGAAAAUGUGCAAACUUGUGAAGGGCACAUUCCGCCAAAAAGGAUAGUAAAAGAAAAUCCACCCAGGAGAGGAAGAAGCAAGCAAGUCAAUGAAACAUCUGGUAAUGAAGCUGAUGUCCAAGGUCCAAAUAUUGGACAAGAGGAUAAUCAAUCCAAAAAGGCAAGAGGGAAGAGGAAUACUCAAGAAUCCUGUUCACUGAAGAGCCAAAGGACAGUGAAAGAGAAUCCACCCAAGCGAGGCAGACAUAAAAAAUCUAUUUCUGAUGUUAUAUCUACAGAUUCUAACAGUACACACAUAAACCCUAUAAUAGGUGAAAAUAAAAAUGACAAAGAUGCUUUCCUUGCAAAGGAGGAUCAAUCAAAAGUAAGUAGAAGAACAAGAAACACUCUUAUAUUUCAGAAAAUUCUUUCUCCUGUCAAAAAUGACACUUGUCAUUUGCUGUCAUCAAACAGAGGGGAACAUUCAGAUGAACAGCCAAAUGAAGAUUUGAAGACAGCAAAUAAUGCAAAUGAGAAUUUCACAUACAAAUGUAGAAAAAGGAAAGCAGUUCAUGAAAUUUCAGCAAACUCAAUUUCUUCCAAUAAUGACAUUCAACAAAAUGGAAAGAAAGAUUCAAAAGCUGUAUCAAAACAAAAUACAUCCAGAAGUAAAAGAAAACAAUUAGCACCUUGUGGAAUGUCAGCAGAAAGUAAUGAUGAGCUAAGAAUUAGCAGUAGAAAGAGUCCUUUAGUAACAGAUAAUCUUGGUCCUUUAGAAAACAGUUUUGAAAAAAAGCAUCAAUUGAAGCAAAGACAAGAAACUAAUAUUGCAUCACUAGUUCCUCCCUCCCUGAACAUGAGCAUCACUUUAUCUUCUAAUGAGAAUCAAAGUGGAAACUGCAAAGAAUCUGUUGGAAAAGGUAAAUUAGCAAAACUUUCAGGUACAUACAAUAUAAUUACACGCUCUCUCAGAGGAAAGCGCAUUAUUCUAAAAGAAGAGUUUGUUCAUGAAAUCCAAAACAAAGAUUUGCAGAAAACAGCUAAGGCAACUCUGAUCAAUCAAAGAAGAGGUAGAAGAAAAAUUAAUAAACUUGAGGCUACUGUUUCUCCUUCCCCCAAAGAAAAAUGUACAUUAUCAGCAGGGAGUAACAAUUUUCCUAAUGAACAAAUUCUAAAUAAUGUUUCUAAUAAAAAAGUUUCCUUAAUGGGCAAGGCACCGAAAUUUCUUGAAAUAAAAACCAUGACUCAAAACAUCAAUCAAAAUGAUUCAUCUAAUUAUGACCAAAAUAAAAAUGUUAAGCACUCAAAUAUGCUGGUGCAAAAAGGUUCAUCAGAACAUGCAAAAAGAAAACAAAUUAACAAUUCGGAAACAAUUAUCACUGCUAACAUGGUGAAAAAUGUAACUCCAGAAAGUAAAUCAACAGUAUCUAAAACAGUGCAAACAAGAGGAAAAAAGAAAAUGAAAGAAGAAAAUACCACUCUAAUGACUGAGUUGCCUAAAGAAACUGAAGGCAGGACAAGAGCAAGCAAAAGAAUAAGAAAAUAGAUUAUAAUAUUUGCUCUGGGUGCAUUUUUUAAUCCGAAAAAUUACAACCUUAAAACUUUGAAAUUGAAAUGCUUCAACAUUCGCUUCAGCUUAACCCUUGACAUUUAUAAUAUCUGAUGCAAAUAUUUUGUAAAUAGCUUUUCAAAUUAUUUUUAAGAUUUUUGUUUAAAAUAUUAAAGGAUUAUGAAUUUAAAUUUUAACUGAUUUGAUUUGUAUUGUCUGUAAAUUUUUAAAUGCUAAUGCUACUGAACUUAUGUUUUUCAAAAUUAAAAACACACUUAAGCAGUAUUGCUUUACAUAAUGUUCCAAUUGAAGCUAAGGUGUUUGCCACACUAGCAAAGGUUACGCACAGUUCUUGGAAUAAUACUCAGGGAGAAAAACCAGCUAUUCAAAACAGAAAUCUGAAUUUGUACAAGGCCAGUGUUUUCUCUGUUUAGCAUUAUCUCUAAAAUCUUGCUGUUUUGUACAGACAAUUCUGGAAGAUGUUUGAUUAGCAGUUGGAAGCAUGAUCCGUAAUCCUAUUGAAGAGUGUGUACCAAACUGGGGAAAAACAUGGUUUGGAAGUUUGGAUAAACUGCUGGAUAGGUUAUCAUACUGUCAAAGCAAAAUGCUGUUAAGUUAGAUAGUCCCAAGUUUUUUUGCCAACCCAGAUUCUUGGGAACCCAAGGGCAAGUAAGCUUAUACAGUUCUUUUCACUGCCCACAUGUAGUUUUGUGUGCCAACCUUCAAAUCUUUCCUGGACCUUACUGCCCCAUAGCCUUUAAAUUCAAGUGUGUGCUCAUCCAUCUACCCUAACUUUUUACUGUGCACAAGCUUUUUUGAAAGAAAAUAUAGAAAUUCAACAAUUGGAUUGCCUUCACUUAGAACUCAUUUCCCAAAGUUUUUACAGUCUUAACUGAGGGCUCCUGAAGUGGUAAAAGACAGUUCUCUUAACUGGUUAGUAAGAAAUAUUCGUUAAUUUGCAAAUAUAGGCUCUGAAUAUACUGUUAUAUCAUGAGUAUUGGUAUUGCCUGAUGCUGCCUGAAUUCUGCUUAGAACAUUCCAGGACAAAACACUUGUGCUUUCCUAUUUUUGCAUAUCCAGAAUCUAGUUCAUUCCAUUCCUUGCCUCUUUAAUUAUGUUUUUUAAAA